CAACAUUGAGAAAGGCACUUAAUGAAAGUGAGCGGUUUAUAAGAGCGCGUACGGUCGAAUGUUUCAUUCAGUUGGAGUAACGUAUCCUACGAGAGCCAGACCUUUUUGUGCUUACUAAUACGCAAACUGUUAUAUAAAUGUCCGGUUCUACCAGACGUUAAUGGGGAUUCUAUUUUAGUGCUACUUUGCUCGAGAUACUUCAUACACGUACCUUGUGUUGUGAAAGUAACAACGAUAUCAGAAAGACACGUUACAUUCCUCCUGACAGUGAAUGCCGGAAAGUGUUUUCACGUGGGACUGUUAUCGCAUAAAAAAAUGAUGUGAAAGGACACGAAAAAUUUGAAGAGAUGCGAAUUUUGGAGUAUCCCAUUUUACGAGUUCAAGUACAACAUUUUUAUUUUGUAUCAAGUGGAGGAAAGAUAAAUGUUACAUAAAUAUAGUGGAAUAUAAUUUAACGUCACUGUAAUUACUUGAAUCUACUGAGUAUAAACGCAAACAUGUUGAAAGAAAAAACUAAUGCAUCCAAAUUUGCACGGGAGUAUUAAGUCGCAUAGUAAAGAACGUUGGCAGAAUUUAAUCAAAAAUUUCUAUUUAUUUAUUUUGGUAUACUGGAUGUAAUAUGGCUCCACCCGAAAAUGAAGAACACCAUUUGAUGUUAAAUUACCAGAAUGUAAAUUAUGCUGAGAUAACUCAAGUUGAGAAUAUUUGCGAUGACAUUGAAAAUAACAAUGCACACAAAAAAGAUGGAUGUAACACAUUGGAUGACAGCAGUGGCCUGGCAACAUAUACUUCAAAUUCAAAAGGAAUACUUGCACAGUGUUUGGUUUCUGGUGCAGUUUUAUUACUGGCGGCUGGAGGUGGAAUGCCAAUUGGAUAUAGUGCAAUUCUUUUACCACAAUUGGGCGAAGAGAAUAGUACAAUUCGCGUAGACCGAGAACUUGGAUCUUGGAUAGCUUCAGUCCAUAGUCUAGCGACACCCGUGGGUUCUUUGUUAUCUGGCCCACUCUUAGAUGGGAUCGGUAGACGUGGUUCUUUACAAUUAUCUGCUAUACCUCUCUGCACUGGCUGGAUUAUUAUGGGUGUCUCCACGAAUGUACCUUAUCUUUUAACAGGUCGAAUUGUAUCCGGUUUAGCUGUAGGUUUGAUGUCUGUACCAGCUCAGGUCUUGCUAGCAGAAAUGUCAGAUCCAAGGCUUCGUGGCAUCCUCACAGGACUUUCACUCGUUUUUUAUUGUUUCGGUAUUCUCCUAGUGUACGCACUGGGAGCUUCGUUUACUUGGGACGUCGUAGCUUUCUGCGGUAUUAUACUUCCUCUUAUGGCACUGAUUGCAUUCACUUUAAUACCGGAAAGUCCUGUUUGGCUUGUGAGGCAGGCAAAGCUGAAAAAGGCUAGAAAAGCUCUGUUGUGGUUAAGAGGGGGUAACACGGAUCAGGUAAAUACCGAAAUAGCAAUUUUGGAGGCUCGAGUAAAAGCAGAUUUAGCACGAAAGAUCAUAAGUACGUCCUACACAGACCAGAUGUUUUCAGCAAUAUCUACAAUCCUCGAUCCAACCAUUUUAAAACCAUUGAUAAUCAUCAAUGUUUUUAACAUCCUUCUAUUAAGCAGCGGAACAUAUAUCAUUGUGUUUUAUGCAGUAGAAUUGAUUUCAAACAUUGGCGGUGAAAAUAUAAAUAAUUAUUUUGCGGCGGUGAUUACCGCAGUUAUCAGACUUCUAUUCACCUUAAUAGGAAGUACUUUAUUAUUGUUUUUGGGCAGAAGAAGCCUAGGAAUAUUAUCGGCUUUCGGAAGCGGCGUGGCAUCGUUAUUUCUUGCUGGGUAUAUAUUAACUAGGAAAGAAUCUUCUAGCAUUGACGUGUACGUCGUUGGAGUUUGUCUAUUAAUGUAUGUAGCAGCCAAUAGUUUAGGACUGAUGGUACUUCCAGGUAUAAUGGGUGGUGAAUUGCUACCGCAAAGAGCUCGUGGCAUUGGCGGUGCCUUCAGUUUCUUUGUCUUUAACAUGUUCACUUUUGCAGUAACGAAGAUUUUCCCAAUGAUAAGCGAAGCUGUUGGGAUACCAGGCAUAUUCAUCAUUUUUGGUAGUUCUGCGUUAUUAGAGACUGCAUUCAUCUACGUUGCUUUACCGGAAACAAAAAAUCGUACUCUUCAAGAAAUUGAGGAUUACUUUCAGCAAAAGAACCUUCUUUGGGUGACACGGUUAAGAGAAAAAAGGAAGCAUAAGUCCAAGGAUUAUAAGUAAGACAUUCGUCUGUGCAUAAGUUCAAUGACACAAUCAUUACAUGAUUUUCUAUUGGUAACAUCGUAUGUAACAUUUCUCUGUAUCAUUUUAGUAUGUUUAAACGCGUAUACCGCUAAGUUAUUUAAGAUAAUUGAAGUGUAUAAAAUGACUGUAAAAACCGUACGUACAAACACAUAAAAUACGAUCCUCAUUGUGAUACGUAUUAUUGUCUCUCCAUCCAUUUUAUACUUAUGCAAAUCUGGAAUGGUAUUUUAGAUUAUAAAACUUUUAUUGUUAUGGUUGCACAAUAUUGAAAUGCGUUCGAAUGUUUGCCUCGAUAGAGUCUACGGAACUGAUUCCUCUUUGAAAAAUUUUCAAUUUCAUCUUAAAAAUGUCCGGAGUAAAAUUUAUAAAUUAUUUUUAACUAUAAGUAGUAUAAGAUCUAUAAAUUAUUUUUAACUAUAAAUAGUAUAACUCAGGACAAAUUGUUUCGACUGAAAUAAGGAGUCGACAGAAAAGAUUCUCCAGCACUGAAAUUUGUUUUAUAUUAGUAACGAGCUUUAUCUAAGAGCAAAAAAAGGAGAAGGUAGUUUGUAAGGUAAACUAAACUCACUAACCUGCUUGUUAUAAUAAGAAAAAAAUUACUUAUUACAAAAAAUUAGAACUCAAAGCAAAAUAUUACAUUCUUAUACCUCUAUUACUGUUAAUAUUUAAUAAACUACUGUUAGUACUACUUUUACUAAAGCUUCUUGACUUCUGGACUAGUGUUCCUUACAUCAUUUCUAAACAUACCUAUUAAAAACAUUUUUAUAAACCGCUUUUGACCAUAUUUAUCAUACUACAAACCACUGUAGGAAAAAAUCAAUACAUUAGAUUAUUAUCUUAUGAAUACAAAACAAAGCUAAUAAUUUUCCAACCAUCUACAGUCCAUGAUCUUAGUGUUGUCACCACCAUUCCAACUAUCUACAAUCAAAUACUGAUAUAAAGACCACAUUAUGAAUAAAUAUAAACCAUAAUUAUGUAAAAAAUUUUCAAAUUUUAAUAUAAAAUUAUACAAGUAUUAUACAAUUAUAUAUAAGUUUCU